AUGACAAUGAAAACCCUAUUGAAAUCUAUUCUCCCUUCAACUUGUUUCCAAGGAGAGUAUCCAUCACCAAAGCCAAAGAAAGUUGUAUCAACAAAACCAAGAAACUCAUCAACUUCACCAUCAACUCAUAGGAUUUCUAUAGAAGAUUUGAGUUAUCAAAACACCACUUUCUCCCAAGAGUUAACUAAUUCUCUUUCUCUAGCAGGGUCUAAUCUCUAUAAGUUUACGGUUCUUGAACUUAAAGCUAUAACACAGCACUUUUCUUCCAGUAAUUUUCUUGGCGAAGGUGGGUUCGGGCCGGUUCAUAAAGGCUUUAUCGAUGAUAGGGUUAGACCGGGUUUGAAAGCUCAACCUGUUGCUGUUAAACUCUUGGACUUGGAAAGCAAGCAAGGUCAUAAAGAGUGGUUGACUGAAGUUGUUGUUCUUGGACAAUUAAGGCAUCCACAUCUUGUGAAGCUAAUAGGAUAUUGUAUUGAAGAUGAGCAUAGACUUUUGGUGUAUGAAUAUUUACCAAGAGGAAGCUUGGAAAAUCAGUUAUUUAGAAGAUUUUCAGCAUCAUUACCAUGGUCUACAAGAAUGAAGAUUGCUGUUGGAGCUGCAAAAGGAUUAGCAUUUCUUCAUGAAGCCGAGCAACCUGUUAUUUAUAGAGAUUUCAAAGCUUCAAACAUCUUGCUAGACUCUGAUUAUAAUGCAAAACUCUCUGACUUUGGGUUGGCAAAAGAUGGACCUGAAGGAGAUGACACCCACGUUUCAACAAGAGUUAUGGGCACUCAAGGCUAUGCUGCCCCAGAAUAUGUCAUGACAGGUCAUUUGACAGCUAAGAGUGAUGUGUAUAGCUUUGGAGUUGUUUUAUUGGAAUUGCUAACAGGGAGAAAGUCAGUGGACAAAACCCGUCCUACAAGGGAACAAAACCUAGUUGAUUGGGCAAGACCAAUGUUAAUUGAUUCAAGAAAACUUAGCAAAAUAAUGGAUCCAAAACUUGAAGGACAGUACUCUGAAAUGGGUACUAAAAAAGCAGCUUCAUUGGCUUAUCAAUGUCUUAGCCAUAGGCCGAAGAGCAGGCCUACAAUGAGCAAUGUGGUUAAGAUAUUGGAGCCUCUACAAGAUUUUGAUGAUAUUCCAAUUGGACCCUUUGUUUACACUGUUCCAGUUGAGAAUAAUGAGGUGGUUAAAGAAAAAGAUCAAGCAAAGGAAGAUGAAUCCACGAAGGAGAGGAAAAGAGAAAACAGUCAAUAUCAUAGGAAUGGUCAUAGGCAUCAUCCACUUAAAUCUCCUAGGUCGCCAAUGCCUCAAUCACAAUCACGGCCGCAAUCACAGCCACGGCCUCGUGUGCGGAUUGACAGGCAUCAAAAUGGUAGAGGAAGUGUGUUGAGUUCUCCAUCUCCUUCUCCUUCGUCACAUAAAAAAAGCUAUGAAACUUAA